AUGGAUUCCGGGAACCUUGAAGAGCGCCACCCGAUUAACGGCGCUUUUGGCGAUGAGAAUCGUGGUGAAGGGUUCUAUAAGAGGGGCAUGGGCCCCACUGUGAUGGGUUGUUGUACACCCAUCUCCCUCUUCGCUACUUCAAUCGGAGUGUCGAAGACCAACUAUACUCUCCUGGAGUUUGUUCGAAAGCUGCUCGGAUUCGCAACCUAG